GAUAGUACAGGUAAGAAAACAGAACUGAGACGCUCCUCUUUCAGUUUUGCUAUUAGUCUUUGUGUUGCCGUUUGUAAAGUUAGGCGUUAAUGUGACCUUUUUGUGCAUAGUAUUAGGAAAAAAAAGCAUUUCACCUGCAGCUCAGUGAUCACAACAUGGAAAGGAGUUCAGUGUCAGAGAAGCUGUUUAAAGUUUUAGUCAUCGGGGAUAUAGAGGUCGGAAAAACCAGCAUUGUUAUGCGUUAUGUUAAGAAAUGCUUUGAUCAAGCAUACAAAGCAACUAUUGGAGUUGACUUUUUCAUGAAGACAGUGGAAUGGGAUGCAAAGACUGUGGUGAGAAUGCAACUUUGGGAUUUAUCAGGCCAGGACAGGAUUAAAAACUUGUCCAGAGUUUACUACAAAGCUGCAAUGGGGGCACUGGUGGUGUUUGACAUCACGAAUAGCUUAACCUUGAAGUCUGCCACUGAGUGGAAGCAGGACUUGGACAGUAAAUUGUGUCUGGACAAUGGACGUCCGGUUCCCGCUGUCCUGCUAGCCAACAAAUGUGACCUGAUGAAGACGAAGGGCGAAGACUUGGUGUCCUCGCUGGACAGAUUUUGUAAAGACAACAAUUUCCUGGGCUGGUUUGAGACGUCUGCAAAGGAAAAUAUCAAUAUUGAUGAGGCAGGUUCCUUCCUUGUCAAACAAAUGAUGCUGUGCGACGGCAGCCUGUCCGAUGAAGAGCACCAGCGGGACGGGAUCAAAAGUCUGACCCAGACUCCCAUGAAGAUCUCUGGGACUUCGUGCUGCUGAAAACCAGUAAACUGAAGCAAAAGAGACAAAGGAAAGCUGCUGCUGCUGCUAAAACGCUCCAACAAGACCUGAUUUAAAGCCACAACAGAGGAGCUGUGAAAGUUACAUCCUCCCUUCCAGCUCCUCUCAAUAAUGGGUGGGUUGAUUCAUAAACACCUCUGUGGACACAAUUGAGCUCAUUCCUCUGAUUCACGGCUGAUAAUAAACAGAUCAGCGUGACACACAUCCUGCUGGGAAAAGUCUGCGACACUCCCCGUGUAGCCGCUGAUCGACCGGCUUUAAGGAGAGGCCAGAAACUGUGAAAGUGAUGGUGUCUUAAGCCACAAGAACAUCAAGAGAAAGAGGGGGAAAAUUCAGUCCACACUGUAAAAUAUUCCUCAGUAAGCCACGACCUACUCAGCUCGGAGUUUCUCUGUUAUGCAACCAGUGCAUCUAAUUAUCUGUUAAUCACUUUGCAGCUCGGAUUGAUACAACAGAGGAAAGAUCUGAGCGUGACCUGAUUUCAGUGCAGGGAAGAAAUUUGUGAAAAUGCCCAGAGAGGACUGAGUGUUCUAUACUGGGAGAAGAGCAGCGAUUCUGUGUCGAGAUAGAAAACAAAUAUGCAACACGACUGUAUGUGAUUGUGACUGUAAAAUGAUUUAAGUUUUUAAAAAAAGGCACAAUAUUAGCCUUAAAACUUGUUGUAUAAAUAAAGGUAUUAAUUUGCAUCAUUUGGCAACAAAAUUAAACUUAAUUACACAUUUUUUUCAGUCGUUGAGUAACAUUAUGCAGCCCUACAUCCCUAUUGUGCUGUUUCAUCUACGUUGAACUCCUUUCUCGACACAUAAUUAGUUCUGUUGUUUAGUUUACCCCUGAGAAAAAAAGUGAAGGAGUUUCUUCUUAGUCAGAUUGUUCAUAUUAAUCAUGUUUUCAUGUUAAAAGCUUUUAUUCUUUUGUGCUUUAAUGAAUCAGACACAUCUGACUGAAAGAUUUCCCUUCGAAGAAUUCCCACAUUUUUCUGAUAACAAUGCAAUAAAUGUGAAAUUAAAGCUAUUGAUGCACUAACUAACUAACUAGUUAUACCAUUUUGAAUGUUAUUUGAUGUUAAUUAAUCAAUUUGAUGUUUUACUUGUAGAAAAUAGGAACACAAGUUGUAUGAAUACAUUUUCCAUUUUGAUUUUUUUUCUUUAACUCUACAUUGCAAGCAAAAAGCAGUAAUCAAAGUAACUUAGCUGCCUUAAAAGGAUAAAUUGAUUCAAGAAAAUGCUUUUAUUCUGACUUUUGUACAACUUCAGAUAUCAAUCAAUAGUCAUUUUAUGUAGUCUCAACUACUAGUGGAUCUCAAAAGAUUAGAACAUCAUAGAAAAUGUAGCAUUUUGCUUCAGUUAUUUAAGAAAGUGACUUUAUUUUGUCCAUUUAGCCUUGACUAUACAGGACAGUAGAGAGAGACAGGAAAACAGGGAGAAGAGUGGAAGGAGCAAAGGGUCUGGACUCAAACCAAUGACUACUGCGUCAUGGGGACUAUAGUCCCUGUUUAUAGUCGCUAUAAACAGGGACUAUAAACAGUAGCUCAACCAUUUGAGCUACCGGGAUGCCAGAAAGUGAAAAUUUGAUAGAUUCUAAACUCAUUACAUGUAAAGUGAAUUUUGCCAUGCCUUUUUUUUGCGUUACUAUUGAGAAUUAUGGCUUAUAGCUCAUUUAAAUCAAAAAUCUUGCAUCUUAAAAUGUCAGAAUAUUUCCUAAGAUCAAUCAAAAACACAAUUUUCAAUACUGAAAUGUCCACCUUCUGAAAAUUAUGUUAAUUUGUACUCUUGGUUAUGCCUCCUUUGAAUUACUACAAGGCUUGAAAUAUUCCAAUUUAGUUGUAAUUAAUAUGGAGUGUUUUUUUUGUUUUGUUUUUUUUAAGUUUAAAGUAAAGUUUUUUGUGAUAUUCUAAUUUUUUGGGAUGCUCAAAUGGGAUGUAGGAUUGUUAAAAAAAAAAAAAAAGUGUUUGUUCAAUCUUAGCUUAAAGUUCUUAACUUUUUGUCAUAGAUUUAAUGCAUUCAGUUAUAGGUGCAAAUAAAUGAAGGUUCUCAGCUGCUGGAGUCAAGAUUAUAAGCCAGCCAGGUGAAAUUAUUUUCAA